CUGCUUGUGUGUCUGACCUCCUGUGGAUACCAGCAGCAGGCAAAUGUGCUGAACAGAACUAAAACAAACAAUGGCCUGUCUUACAAUGACAAAUGCAGAAGGUACAGCAGCUUCUACUGCCCACCAGAAUGGUGACUUCCAAGGGAAUACCAAUGCACCCACGCAGAUGGAAUCAUCGCUUCAAGUGUACCUUUAUCAUUCUCCUGGGAAGACAGGAGGUGAUUACCUUCAAUUUCCACCUGGAGAAUAUGUUGCAGAAGAGAUUUGUGCUGUUUGCUGUAAAGCCUGUGGUAUCAUGCCAGUGUACCAUAACAUGUUUGCACUCAUGAACGAAGUAGAGAGAAUGUGGUAUCCCCCAAAUCACAUCUUCCAUGUUGAUGAAGCAACCAGACUUGUCCUAAUUUACCGGAUAAGGUUUUAUUUUCCCCACUGGUAUUGCAAUGGCACCAACAGAGCAUAUCGGUAUGGCGUUCUUCGAGGUGCAGAGAGCCCUGUUCUUGAUGAUCUUGUCAUGUCUUACCUAUUUGCACAGUGGCGAGCUGAUUUUUUGGAUGGGUGGAUACAGAUGCCUGUUACUCAUGAAACUCAAGAAGAAUGCCUUGGAAUGGCUGUUUUGGAUAUGAUGAGAGUGGCCAAAGAAAAGGACCAAACGCCACUGGCUAUUUACAAUUCAAUGAGCUACAAAAUGUUUUUGCCUAAAUGUGUGCGAGCUAAAAUCCAAGACUACCACAUUUUGACACGAAAAAGAAUAAGAUACAGGUUCCGCAAAUUUAUACAACAGUUCGGCCAAUGCAAAGCUACUGCCAGAAACCUGAAACUUAAGUAUCUCAUAAAUUUGGAAAACCUUCAGUCUGCCUUCUAUUCAGAGGUUUUUGAAGUAAAAGAACCUGGUGGAGAUCCUUCUGGAGAGGAAAGUUUUGCAACUAUUGUAAUAACUGGAAAUGGUGGAAUUCAGUGCUCAAGAGGAAAACUUAAAGACUGUGAGACACUUGCAGAGCAGGAUUUGCAAACAUACUGUGAUUUUCCUGAUAUCAUUGAUGUCAGCAUUAAACAAGCAAGCCAAGAAGGCUCCAGUGAGAGAAGAAUCGUCACCAUUCACAAACAAGACAGCAAGAAUCUGGAGGCUGAAUUUCAGUCAUUAAGAGAAGCUCUCUCCUUUGUAUCAUUAAUUGAUGGAUAUUACAGAUUAACUGCGGAUGCUCACCAUUAUCUCUGUAAAGAAGUAGCACCACCCUCAGUCCUUGAAAACAUCCAAAGCAACUGCCAUGGACCAAUUUUCAUGGACUUUGCUAUCAAUAAGCUGAAGAAGGCGGGUAAUCAGACUGGUUUCUACGUUCUUCGUUGCAGUCCUAAAGAUUUUAAAAAAUACUUCCUCACCUUUGCUAUAGAGCGUGAGAAUACCACUGAUUAUAAGCACUGCUUAAUUACAAAAAAUGAGAAUGGAGAAUAUAAUCUUAGUGGAACCAAGAGAAGUUUUGCUAAUCUCAAGGAUCUGUUGACCUGCUACCAGACAGAAACUGUCCGCUCAGACAGCAUAAUUUUCCAGUUCACCAAAUGCUGUCCUCCAAAGCCAAAAGAUAAAUCAAAUCUCCUAGUUUCCAGAAGCAAUAUUGUUUCUGAUGUACCUUCAUCACCCACACUACAGAGGCACAAUAAUGUCAACCAGAUGGUCUUUCACAAAAUCCGGAAUGAGGACUUGAUAUUUGAGGAGAGUCUUGGACAGGGAACAUUCACUAAGAUUUUCAAAGGUAUAAGGAAAGAAGUGGGAGACUAUGGCCAGCUCCAUCAAACUGAAGUUCUUUUAAAAGUGCUGGAUAAAGUGCAUAGAAACUACUCUGAGUCCUUCUUUGAGGCAGCAAGUAUGAUGAGCCAGCUUUCUUACAAACAUUUGGUGUUAAAUUAUGGAGUCUGCGUGUGUGGAGAGGAGAACAUCCUUGUACAAGAAUAUGUAAAAUUUGGAUCCUUGGAUACUUACUUGAAAAAGAACAAAAAUGCUAUCAAUAUCUUGUGGAAGCUGGAAGUAGCCAAACAACUGGCUUUAGCCAUGCAUUUCCUGGAGGACAAAGGCCUUGUUCAUGGGAAUGUCUGUGCAAAAAACAUCUUGCUUAUCAGAGAGGAAGACAGGAAGUCUGGAAACCUUCCAUUUAUAAAACUAAGUGAUCCUGGCAUCAGUAUUACAGUGUUGCCAAGAGACAUUCUUCUUGAGAGAAUACCGUGGGUUCCACCUGAAUGUGUAGAUAAUCCCAAACAAUUAAGCCUGGCUACAGACAAAUGGAGUUUUGGAACUACGUUGUGGGAAAUCUGCAGUGGAGGAGACAAACCUCUGAGUGCACUGGAUUCUUCAAGAAAACUGCAGUUUUAUGAAGAUAGGCACCAGCUUCCUGCCCCCAACUGGACAGAACUAGCAAACCUUAUAAACAACUGUAUGGAUUAUGAGCCAGAUUUUAGGCCUUCAUUUAGAGCAAUCAUACGUGACUUGAACAGUUUGUUCACUCCAGAUUAUGAGCUACUGACGGAAAGUGAUAUGUUGCCAAAUAUGAGAAUUGGAGCACUUGGAUUUUCUGGUGCUUUUGAAGAUCGGGACCCCACACAAUUUGAGGAAAGGCAUCUUAAGUUUUUACAGCAACUUGGCAAGGGAAACUUUGGCAGUGUUGAGAUGUGCCGGUAUGACCCACUGCAGGAUAACACUGGGGAGGUGGUGGCUGUGAAAAAGCUGCAACAUAGCACAGAAGAGCACCUUAGAGACUUUGAAAGAGAAAUUGAAAUACUUAAAUCUCUGCAGCAUGAUAACAUUGUUAAAUACAAAGGAGUAUGCUACAGUGCAGGUCGUAGAAAUCUACGAUUAAUUAUGGAGUAUUUGCCAUAUGGAAGUUUACGAGAUUAUCUGCAGAAACACAAGGAGAGGCUGGACCACAAGAAACUUUUGCUGUAUGCAUCUCAGAUAUGCAAGGGCAUGGAGUAUCUGGGUACCAAAAGGUACGUUCACCGGGAUUUAGCAACAAGAAAUAUCUUGGUGGAGAACGAGAACAGAGUUAAAAUUGGAGAUUUUGGAUUGACGAAAGUCUUGCCACAAGACAAAGAAUACUACAAAGUGAAAGAACCUGGUGAAAGCCCUAUAUUUUGGUAUGCUCCAGAAUCUCUGACAGAAAGCAAAUUUUCUGUGGCCUCAGAUGUGUGGAGUUUUGGUGUGGUCUUGUAUGAACUCUUCACGUACAUUGACAAGAGCAAAAGCCCACCAGCUGAAUUCAUGCGCAUGAUUGGCAAUGAUAAACAAGGGCAGAUGAUUGUAUUUCACUUGAUAGAGCUUUUGAAGAAUAAUGGACGACUACCAAGACCAGAUGGAUGCCCUGAUGAGAUUGUAUUCCCUCAGGAGCCUAGACUGUGGGAUUGCUCUUGGAGAGAGCAGCUGGAAUGUAUUCAGCUCUCCCUUGGGGCAAAUGAAGAGCAAGUUGAGAGUGUGUGGAUUUAUGCGAUCAUGAAAGAGUGCUGGAACAGUAACGUUACCCAACGCCCUACCUUUAGGGAUCUUGCUCAACGAGUGGAUCAUCUAAGGGACAACAUGGGUGGAUGAGGAGACUCUCCCUUCUUCAGAGGAAGGGAUGUUGGAAUCCAGAGCAAAAUGUACUUGGUCUGCUGUGUAUAGCUGGCAUAUGUACACAUGCAUCUUACCAUUGCUGGAAGUCAGAUCUUUGUGGCAAAUACCUUGUCUCAAUCUGCAUACUGAGGAAUCUUGCUGGUUUUCUGUAUCAGGAUGUGUUUGUUACACUGAGGACGUGUCAAAAUUCUCAAUAGGGAGAGAAAUUAUUUUUCUAAAUAAAAUAAUCUUAAUGUAUGGUCAGUCUACAACACCAUUAUUUGCCUUACUUGGCAAUGCAAAAAAAGAGAUGACUUAAAACAAUGAAAAGACAGCAUAUUUCCUUGUCAAAAUGGUGAUGCACAGGAAAGACUUCUAGAGGUGUUUUCACACUGAGUAUAUAGUGACUUGGCACCCUGUUUUGUGUGUUGCACAAGGGCUUGAAUGUGAUAAUACAGUUUUACAAUUUUUUCAUUGUUAGUGCAGAAAUGGCUUCUCUAUAUAACAAAACAGAAGUGGUUACGUAACCCAGAAACUUUUAAUGUGCCUGUCUGAAUGAGCUAUCAGCCAUCAAUACAUGCAAGGAGAUAGAAGAGGCUGUGUGAUGUGAUGUACUGUAAGUAUUUUGAGGGAAAGGGAGCAAAUCAUUCCUAAUUUGGAGAGCCACAAAACCUACUCACUCGUGUGAAAAUUUUAGUCUAAAAUGGAAAAGCAAGCAUGUUAUCCAGUUUCUCUUACUCUUCCUUUGAGUAUUAGAUUCCAUUUAUAUAAUUAAAGAGAGAGUGAGAACAAGUAGAAAUGAAGCCAUUUUCUACAAGGCAGUGUCUUCAGUUUGUUUCUGAACUUGAAAAAGCAACUUGAAUGCUGCUUUUUUUUGUUCUUUCCAUCUUUGUAAAUUUCCUGCAGUCAAUAAGCAUUCAUGCAGCAUAAGCAUAAGCAAAUUGAGAACUUUUUAAAGCAGAAUUAAAAAUCUGGACAAUGCCCCCCAUUUCACAGUUCCUUGCUUUGCCAUUAAGGUGAUCACUUUAUAGUACACUGAGAAGAAUGCUUAUGGCCCAGUAUCUGACACAGCCUGAGACAACCACAUCAAGUCUAUUUUGUACUGAAGUGGCCCAAGUAACCUCCUAUUUCUUUCUGCGGUAAUACCCAGCAUAAGACUACUUGGAAGAAAGAAUUACAAGUGCAAUUGUUCCACACUCAGCAGGAGGCAAGAACACCAUUCCAGUUACUGAGAACUGGAAGGAGAUCAGAGCUACCUGAGAAGACAACUUACGCUGUGUAACUCAGCUUUUGAAAUAAGUCUAACAAAAAUUUAUGGACAAGACAACUUUUCGGUUUUGCCUCCAGGCAUAAAACUUGGGGAUAAGUUUUAUAUCAAAGCAGUAAGUUGCAAGGUUUGUUUAUUUUUAGUCCGAAUAAUCUCUUUUGGUUGUUUUUACUUAAGCAUUAUUGUUUGUAAUGUACAAUACUUGUUCCUCUUAGACUUUCUCUGAGAGGAGCUCAAUUAAGGGGAUAUACAGCUUGACAAACUGACCUGACAUCCAGAUCUGUGUUUAAAAUUAAAUGCCCUUUUUUUUUUUUUUUUUAAAUCUUGUGGCAGUGAGUCAGUGAACAGAGGAGUUACUUUCACUGUGGGGCCUCCUUAAGAUUUGUGGUUAACUACAUCCAACUUAUCAAAAGUGGCCUCAACUUUAAAAAGCAAAAUUUUUGAAGUCCUUACUUCAUGUAACAUGGUGCCAGUAUCGCAGUGUUUUGUACCACUAUGAUGUCUCUGUCCCACAGUCACUUGUGUAAAAUUGCAAUGUUAUAAUAUGGGAGAUUGCUUAAAUAAGGAGAUCAGCAUCAGCCUUCUUCCUGCCGGGUGCAUUUAAUAAUAUUUCUGUUGGUUUUCUUGCCACCAAGAACUUGCAUAGAUAAUUUUUGUAACUAAUUUCAUGAAAAUCAGUUUUUAAGCUGCAAAGAACUUUAAAGUGCUUUGUUCAACUUAAACAUCUGUUUUUUCCCUUUCUCUACAUCGCUUUGAAGAUCUAAAAUUUUGUGCAAAAAAUGUCUUUGCAUUUGUAGUCUGUUGUGUGUAUGUGUUUUUGUAACAAAAGAAGAUAAAGCUUUAAAGCAUUGAAACAGCAUUUUAGCUGGUUAACAUAUGCAGGAAUGAUGUAAAAUUUGCAGUGUAUGACAGUAGCUAAUUGAUUUCUGAUAUGUAGUAGACUAAACAUAAUUUAUGUAAAAAUCUCAGGGAAGUUUGUGAAAUGCAAUGAAGAAAUCUUCCAGUUUGCUAUUUUUUUCAAGUGAAUAAAAUGUCUUUUUCUUGUUUUACUAGAGUAUGACUGAUUGCAUAGUCUGAUUGCGUAAAUGUAGUGUUCAACACAAGGAUCACUCUUAAGUGUGUCAUGGUUUUGUUUUGUUUUUUUUUUUUUUAAUGUUAAUACUUUAUAAUUUUUAGAGAGAGACUAUCUUUGCACUGCAUUGUAACUUUGCUGUUGGUCAGAAACACACAGUCUUUUGCAACAUGUUUGUCAGGAGUGUUCUUAGUUGGGUGAAUAGGACCAAGUAAUGCUUAGGAUGCUUGCGCAAUGUGUGAUUAUCUGUAGCAUCAAAGUUUAGGUUUGGAAGCAGACCACAUGGUUUUCUCAAAAAUCUGUUGAGGAUGCAAAUGCAGUGAUUUUGCUGAGUUUGCUGCUGCCAAUUGUAGUAACCUUUUUUUUUUUAAAAAAAAAAGGGGGGGGGGGGGGCAAACAAACCAACAAGCCAAAAAACAAAAAGAAAAAAAAAAACUGCUUUUCAAAAGCUCUCAGCAGCAUUGUAUAAUGCUAUAUUUUUAUAUAGCCUUUGUAUUAACAGACUGAGUUCUUUUAGAAACUCUUCAGUUGGCAUUGCAUUUGAUAAUACUUCAGUGUAAUCAUUAUGCUACCCAAAAUGCUGUGCAAUUUUUUUGCUUUGUUUUGUUUUUUUCAGAAGAAGUGCUGGUUUAUGUGUACCUGACUGCUGCUGCGAUGUAGAACUAAAAUAGUAACUACUGCUUUGCACUUAUAUUUGAAGUGAAAGCAUAUUUCUGGAAGUGCACAAUGUAUCGUAUAGAACCCCUGCUAACAAGUGUCGUCAACUGUAAAAUUGAUUUGUUGUCUAUCAGUGUAAAUAUGUUGUUUCAGAAUUAGUUUUUAAAUAUAUUCCACAGUCUUGCAACAGUCAUGUAAUAAGCCAGAGGAGGAAUGAAUUUUCAGGAAAAGAAACCAAUAUUCUUGUCAAGUACUAGUAUUGAUUAAAGGCUUCCAUAGUUCAGAUAAUUAUUACUAAAUGUACAGACUAGUAUAAUUGUAAAAAUAUAUGUAAAUUAUUUUAAUUUUUCCAGAAUUUGUUUUUAAUAUUUCAUUUAGUUGAGAUGUUGACCAACUGCCUUGAAAUGUAUGGGGAAAAAUGUUACUUUAUGAACUACGAAGAAAUGUGACUCUUGCGUAAAGAAAGCAAGCCUUUUAGGAGUGUGUGAUCACAAAGACCUGGAGGAUGAAGUUCUGAGAGUGAAAGCAGAAGGACAGCAGAAGCAAAAGACUGAUGAAAAAAGGCUGGUGUUCAACACUGAACAAGCUUUCAGAAAUGUGAAAUGUAGAGUGAUCUAUGAAAAACUGAUGUCUACUGAGAAGGCCACACCAUGAGAAAUAUGUGCUUAAUAUACUUCUAAACUGUGUAUUGUCUGCCUUAAAUAUAAAAUACUGAUGCCUAAGUUGACUGAAAAUAUAACUAUUACUAUACCAAAAGCAACUCCUUUGGGUUAUGCCAUGCCAGGCAGCAAUUUUGAAAAAGUGUUUGGCUAAGAAUUUUCCUAAUUUUGCCUUUUGAAUAAGAGAUUUGCAAUACUUUAUAUUAAAGUAGGAAAAGCCUUUUAAGGGAAGGGUGGGGAAGAAGGCUCCAGCUGCUUAUGGUUGGACUGUGAACAAUUGAACACAGGGUUUACUGAAGAGAACGUGAAAGGGAUACUUUUUAAAAAACUCUGUAUUGUUAUCUGAAACUUAACUGUGUGUUCAUUUUGAGUUUGGGUAGUGAAAAUAAAGUAA